AUGGCAUGGAGCUUGCCACGCUUCUACAACGAAUCAUUGCCCAACAGCGACCGCAUGAACAACCCUUCCAACGAUGAAAUGUUGUUGGCAUGGCGAUUGUUGGAUGUUGAUGAGUUGAGUGAUCCAGCCAUCAACGAUAAGUUCAUCAACACGCGAUUGUCAAUAGGUAUCGAGUACCCUUUGAUGUUGGAGCGUGUCGCGCCUUUGGUUCUGGACACUGUAGAUCUGGUGGAGACCAAUCGACUCGACCCUCAUACAUCAUUCAUACGCAUGGCCCUGUCCUUCCAGCUGGCUGAACAUUUGUCAAUGUGGGAGGAGAUACGCAUACUUGGUGACAUGAUCUCGCUCAACUACUUGGAGGCAAUGUCAGUGAUGCAUCAAGAAUCAAUCAUGCAGCCCGAGACAUUUGACUAUCACUCAAUCUACAUACUGCUGAGAAGCACACUUGUCAACCUGCCCAGCGCUCACGCUUCGCGUCGUGCCGCGCUCAUGGACACCAAACAGCGAUAUCAAUUGGAGGUGUACUUGUUCAAGGACGCGCGUCUGGAAUGCAAAAAUAUCGAACCGGCCAUCGCCGAGCAGUCCACCAAGCAGUUCAUCGAGUCGAAUGGAGGGGCUGCCAUGCAAGGCCGCGACCGCAUCGUACAAGCUAAACAAAGCAACACCCUGGUGCUCAAUCAAUGCGUGUUAUGGUACCUCGAGUUUGAAGGCCUGCCGCCUGUCGCCCACUCUGGUGUGAUCAGCAGUGGCCAAGGCAACAACUAUGACGACGGACGACUACAUCUAUUUGGAUAUGUACUAUGGAAACAGAGCGAGACGUUGGAAUUGGAGGUAUCAUCCGAGUUCCAUGGCAAGCUUGGACAUCAACAACGUGGUGAUGGUGGGAGUAGCAUGGAUGGCAAACCCAGUGAUCUCCUCGUGUUCCAAGGUCAACACAAACGAACACUAAGGAAUACCGAGAAUGAUCAAACAUACAUCUACACAAUGGAUGUCAGUAUUGUAUUUAAACGUGAAUGA